CAACCCGGAAAUACGGCUUGUUUUCGUCGUAUCAGGAAGGUCUGGUUUACGUUGAGUUCGCUUUUCAGCUGGAAACAAAUGGCAGGUCUGAAAAGCGAGAACAACCAAAAACGGACAGUGGGAAGUUUUGGUCCGGAACCCGAUGUCGACCCACAGACACCAGUAUUGCGCAUCAGCCAGCUGGAUGCCCUGGAGCUGGACUCAGCCCUGGAGCAGCUGGUGUGGAACCAGUUCUCCCAGUGCUUCCACAACUGCCGCCCGGGCAUGCUAACCCCCCUGGAGCCUGAACUGAGGGCUCUGCUUCAUCUGCUCCUCUGGAGGUUCACACUGUAUUCUAGCAGCGCCACCGUGGGCCAGUCUUUACUGAGCCUGCGUUAUCACAGCACAUUUUCCUUGUCUCCCCGUUACAGGCCUCUGUCUCCCAGGCAGAAGUUAGGUCUGGCCGUGCUCACUGUAGGUCCCCAAUGGCUCCAGGAGCGUUCCCACAAGCUGCUGCCGUUCUUAGGUUUGAGCUCACAAGGACCUGCUCCUGAAAGAGAUGUUGGUUUGCUCCAGCAGGGUCUCCGCAAUGCCCUGACUCUUGUUUCUAGUAUCAUCAAGUUCGCAAGUCUCCUCAACUUCCUUGUGUUCCUGAGAAAUGGUCGACAUCCUGUCCUAGCUGAAAGGAUCACAGGAGCUCAGGCGGUUUUCAGUAAGCCCGAUGUGGUCCGAGAUGUAACCUACCAAUACAUGAACCGGGAACUGUUGUGGCACGGCUUUGCAGAGUUCCUCAUCUUCCUGUUACCAAUGAUCAAUACGAGGAAAAUGAAGGCAACGAUGUCUUCACUUGUGUUUGGGGCAGAAAGUACUGAUGGGAAGGGAACAGGGCAAGGGCAAGGGGUGUGGAAAGAGUGUGGAAUAUGUGGAGAGUGGCCAACGAUUCCUCAUGCUGUGGGCUGCCAGCACGUUUUCUGCUACUACUGCAUUAAAAGCCACAGUAUCGCAGAUGCUUACCUGACUUGUCCCAAAUGUGGUGCUGAAGCAGGACAGCCUGAGCUGGUGAAGAUGGAAGUGGAGAUGAUCGGCAUGUGAAGAUCACAUCCUGCCAAUGGUGGAACUGUCAUAAAUUUAGUGUGAAAUUUCUGGGAAAACACCAAUGACAUUAUGUAAAUGUAUCUUACAGUUUGCUCUAUUUUGAUGAACAUCCAGUAUAUAUUUAACAUGUGUCACAAUAUAGGGAUAUAUUAAAACAUUAAGUUUAACAGUCCAGUUCUUUGAGCAGCCCAUCUUUUUUGAAACAUUGAGUCAUGUAUGAGUUCAUGACUAGGCUUAUCUUUAUGAUGUCUGUGUCUGUUCUGAACACACAUCAGGCUGCUAUGUUUAAUGUAUGUGCACAUAUAUUGACAGUCUUCUGCCCCUUCUGCUUUUCUGGCUGGACUUUGGACAGAACUAUUUGUCUUUGGUGCACUGGACAGACUACAGAGAACCAGAGAGAGCAUAUAUUUGAUGAGUGAGCGUGUUGAUUUAUGCUCCAAAUUGGCUCUGUGUUGGCAUGUGUGUGUGUGCGUGCGUGCAUGCGUGCGUGUGUGUUUGUUGAAAUGGGAAUAUUUGUUCUGAUGAAAAAUGCAGAAAGUCAGCUGAAUAAAUAUGGGAGGGAUUUCUGAUGCUUCUCAUCAUGGCCAAAUUAACAUUUGUUGUGUAUUUUGUGCCUAAAUUGUAUUUCAACAUCAUUAAAAUUGAUAGAGUGCUA